GUCCAUAGAUACCGAAGUUCAACAAAUCAUUUGGAACACGGAAAGUAUUCAUGCUCUAAAUAGCUUCACGAAUCGCCCAGAAAGCGGUGAUACAUCCAUCUAUACGCUAAAUGGCUGAAGCAUACCAUAAGGAAGCUUUAAGAAAACAAAGAAUUAUCGACAAGAAGCAUGCCGCUUUGGCAAGGAUCGCGCUUUUGCAGCAAAUGCAACAGGAUAAAAAGAGAGCAGAUGAGGAAAGAUACAAAUAUGAAUUGGCUGAGAAGGAACAUGAAAAAACAAGAAAGAGAGAGGAAUACUUGAGCAGUAUGGGAAGAACUGGAAAGAACUCCCGUGGAGUGAUCAAUGCCAAUUAUGUAUACAUGCUUGAAGAACAGAAGAAAAGAAUUUCCCAGAAAGAUCUACGCCACCAGGAAAAAGUACUGCGGGAUAGCUGCUUGGUGAUGGGGCAUGUGAACGACAAAUUCAUGGCAUGACGCCAGCUCUUGCAUCAAUUGAUGCCCCAUUAUUAAUUUAUUUGAUAAACCAAAACGGAUUUGUUUUAUGUGACACCUUUUAUCAGUCUCUCAUUUUUUAGACUAGUAAUUUUUGUUGUCUUUGGAAACCUUUGAAGUUUCAGCUGAAAAAUGUUUGGUUGAGUAGCAUAUAAACACCUAUAAUGUUAUUAUUUUAAUAUUGUAAUUAUUACUGUAAGAAUCACUAUCACAAUUAAAACACUGAGUUUUUGCAAAAUUGUCAAGAGGGCAUGAUGUCACGUGAAGUGAGAAGGAAUAUACUGCAACCAACACCAGCUAAGUUUUUCCCGGCCACCUUGACCUAUGUAUUAUGACCUUAGUUAUGUAAAUCCAGUGAAUUCCUUCCUCUAUAAGUGGCUCUAUCAUACCCUUGCAUGGACAAUUUUAAGGAUUUGAUGCUUAUUUAAGUCUUCGACACUCUUUUACCACAGUAAUUUCUGGAUACUAGUAUUAGGUUUGCUUGUAACAAGUGACUGACAAAGUUGUAAUCAAAGUGGUACUGUGUGUAAAUAAAAUUGUUUUAAUUUGUCCACUA